AUGCUCGACUUGCUGAGCGUUUCUUUACUCGCAGUCGCAGCAUACAACACUUUGGAACUCCUGUUCUGGAUAUUCGACUUCUUCAAGCGCUGGAGGGGUCUCUAUUUCUGGAGCAUUCUGACCGCAACACUUUCCGUCGGCGCCUUCACGGUCGUCGUCGUUAUUUCGACAUUCCGAGACGUCCCUCCGAUAGCUGUCGGUAUCUGCAUCGCCCUGGUAUACCCCUGCAUGCAGGUUACUGCGAACCUGGUUCUAUACUCGCGCCUCCAUCUAAUCACGAAGAGCGGCACCCUCACUUUCACGCGCUGGCUUAUCAUUGUCAGCUGCAUCGUUCUAUACAUCCCGUAUAUCACGAUCCUGAUUGGAUUUUCAUCUGGCGACAAACGAUUCAACCGUGCUGAAGAGGUCAACGAACGGUACGCGGUCGCUGGUUCUAUCUGCCGGGAACUUUUUAUUUGCGGGGUAUACAUCUACGAAUCCGUCAAACAGCUCAAGCCGAUCAUGAUGAUGAAGGGACACACAGGGCGCAAGGUCAUGGUGCACCUGAUCCUCGCCAAUGGUGCAGUCGUCGCGCUCGACGCACUUAUGCUGGCAUCAUUAUUUUCCCAUAUACAGCAUGUGGGCCAGCAGUAUAACGGCAUAGGGUUGCCUUUUAACUGCGCGUCGCAGAGUGUGAAGCUGAAGAUUGAGUUUUCGAUUUUGAACAAGCUGCUUGAGUUGCUUGGGACGCCUAUGAAUUCGCUUGACUGUCGCUCGCCGGGGCGGCUGAAUGAGCAGGGCGAUAGCCUGGUUGACAUGAUGCGGGAGAGUGCCGGGACGGGGUCAAGUUCGUUGGGGCCAAGCUCGCCGGGGAUUCAUCGUGAGCCUGUAUAA